AUGGCUGACAGAUUGGGAGCAGAGGGGAUCAUAGCAACAGGAAAGACCUUCACUAAUCACUUUGUGGCUGCUGUCAACAAGAUGGCUGUGGACCCCUCAGCCAAAGUCAGGUAAGUAAUGAAACUAUGUAUUUAGCUUGCAGAGUUCAAACCUGUGUGAUCAGGUAGCUUCUGGUUUGUGUUGAUAUGAAGUGCUAAUUCUGAAUGUUAUCUCUUGCAGUUCCCUCAGACUUGUCAUACUGGAGGAGCUCAUGCUUGACAACAAUGUGGAGCUGUGCAGAAACAUUGUCCAUGACAAGGAUCAGUGCUACCUGGAGAAGUUCCUGAUUAAGAUAAGGGCAGCCUAG